AUGGCACAGAAGAAACCACCGCAGUACACAGCCACACAGGCUCUUGCCGAAUGGCAGAAAAACCACCCAGACGAGCCUAUUGAAGAUGUUGUCGAAGUCGGACUUCAAUUUAAUCACCCACCCAUCACUGUUAUGUCUGAUAAACUUGCACAACUUGCUGCUUGCAAAAAACUUAUGAUUAGCACAAAUAAUAUCCAAGAAAUUAAGUUCCUCCCGCCUCGUAUUGAAGUUCUUUCAAUCGGACGUAAUCUUCUUACAAAACUUACAGGUAUCGAAAAAGCAGCUGCUACACUUACUCAAUUAUGGAUGAGCUAUAACUCUGUUAAAGAUCUUCGUCCAAUUGCCGCUUGCAAGCGCUUAACAGUUUUAUAUCUUGCCCAUAAUAAAGUUGAAAAGCAAACAGAAUUAGAUCACAUCCAGCAACUCCCAGAUCUUUCCGAUCUCCUUCUUACUGGCAACCCAGUUGUCGAAACUAUCAGCAAAAACAGAAAUUAUCGCGCAGAAAUGUGCAGACGUUGCAAGAAGCUUCAGAUUCUUGAUGGCGCCCCAACCACUGAUGCUGACCGCGGUGAUACAUCAGGCCCAGGCGCUCCAGGCGAUACAUCUUCUCAGAAAACAACUACAGGAAAUACAACUACCGGAAAUCAAUCUGGUGCUCAGUCUUCUGGCAAUGGAUCUCGUGCUGUUUCUCCACGUGCUUGA